CACAUGCAUUGUCAGUGUAAACUCACUAUAUCGGUUGGCUCUGUUAUUAUCGCUCUUUUUCGCAUGUAAUAUUCUUGUUGUAAAUGAGAUUUGUCGUCAUUUGCCAGUAUAAUAAAUGAGAAAUGGCGGAAAAUAUUUCUGAUGUGAAUGAGGUGAAGAUUGAAGCCCUUGAUACUUUUUUAAAAGAAUUUGGUGAAGAAGCAACUCACUGUGUAUGUGCACCCGGUCGAGUCAAUGUCAUUGGAGAGCAUACAGAUUAUAAUGAGGGAUUCGUCUUGCCCAUGGCCCUCCCAAUGGUCACCGUGAUUGCAGGCAAACCCAAUGGAACAAAUAUCUGCACUAUUAUAUCCGCUAGUUCUGCGGGGACAAUGAGCGUUAGUAAAGCUGAGUUCGAUAUUAGUGAGCCCGCGGCGAUCAAACCUGGCGAACCAAAAUGGGCAAAUUAUGUCAAAGGAUGCAUUGUCAAUUUUCCAAAUGCAUUAGCAGGUUUCAAGGCUGUAGUGAUUUCAACAGUGCCAGUAGGUGCUGGCUUGAGCAGUUCUGCAGCUCUGGAAGUAGCAACGUAUACUUUUCUAGAAGCAAUAACUGGCCAACAAGCCAGCGAUCCCGUCCAAAAGGCCAUAUCAUGUCAAAAGGCAGAGCAUGAUUUUGCGGGUGUGCCUUGCGGUAUAAUGGAUCAAUUUAUCUCGGUGAUGGGUAUAGAUGGACAUGCUCUUUUGCUCGAUUGUCGGGAUAAAUCUGUGAUCCAAAUACUCAUGGAAAAUCUCAAGGAUCAUGUAUUUUUAAUUACCAACUCCAAUUCUCCACACAAGUUAUCAUCAAGUGCCUAUCGUGAUCGUAGAGAUGCUUGCUUUGAAGCUGCCAAAAAGUUGGGAAAAAAUAGUCUUCGAGAAGUGUCGUUGGAAGACAUCAAGACUUUAGAGAAGCAAGGAGUUUCCAAAGUUACAAUAAAUCGUGUGCGCCACGUGAUAAAUGAAAAUUUACGAACGCAAGAAGCAAUGAAAGCACUACAAACCGGAGAUUAUAAAAGAGUUGGCGAAUUGAUGAAUGAAAGCCAUGAUUCACUGCGGGAAAAUUACGAGGUCUCAUCUCCGGAAUUGGAGACUCUCGUUAAUACGGCCAGGAGUGUUAAAGGUGUUCUCGGGAGUCGCUUAACUGGAGCUGGCUUUGGUGGCUGUACAAUAACUUUGUUGAAAGAGGACUGUGUAUCUCAAGUCAUCAAUACAAUUAAAGAAACAUACACUGGUAAGGCAACAUUUUAUAUGGCGAAACCAUCGGCCGGAGCAAGGCAAUUAGAUUGCCAUCGUUAAUUUACCACCUUGAUUUGUAUGGUGAAAAUAUCAAUUUUUGUACGCAAACAUGUAUAUGGAAAAAUAUUCACAAUAUUUUCAUUU